CACUGGUCUCUGUGUCUCCUGUGUGAGUGUGCGUUAUGGUUUGGAGUCAGUCUUCAGGAUGGGGAGCAACCAGUCGUAUCUGAGUCCAGUCACUGAGCUCUUAGACACACAGGGACUACUUAUGACAACAUCAUGAUCUUCAGAUUUACCACGAACUAAAACAACACUUCUUUUACUCAAUAAAUUUACAAUUAAAACACGAUGAACAGGGAAGGAGACAAGAGCGCAAAGAAUGCGCCCCGGAGCCUGAAACAACCCAGGACUCCUCAGCUUUCAGUCCAGAAGAAGAAGAAAAACCUUUCCUCUAAAGAUGCACUGGUUGGUUCUAACUCAAAGGAGGGACAGUCCGGUCAAGGUGACUCUGUGAAGGAGGUGAAAAGUGCGGCGUCGCAGGGAAAGCGUCCGGGAAAAAGUGGCACCGCGGAGGUCCAGAGGAAACUAUCGGACGCCAGUAACGCAUCAGAGGAUCUGAGUAAAGACUCCGGCUGUCUGUCCGGAAAACUGUCCUCCUCAGACAGCAGCUCCGAGAUUUCAGACUGUACCUCUGACGGCAACAAGCACGACUCUCCUAACAGCGAAAACGAAUUAAGCUGGAUAGACGGAAAGGCUUAUGUGAGUCUGGGCGCACAGGGGACAGCAGAGCACAGCCAGAGCGCAGCAGGGGCCCCGGACAGCGGCGUCCACAGCGGAGGAAGUCCCGCUUUAUUCAACUCCUCUGGAACUUUUAUGGAUCUAAUGAUGGGAGAGACUAAAGAAGACCUGGCCAGGGAAGUGGAAGAUUUAAGAUCAGAAAACGAAUAUUUAAAAGAUGAGGUGGAGGAGCUGCGCUGUGAGAUGCUGGAGAUGCGUGACAUGUUUCAGGAGGAGGAGGUGUACCAGCUGCAGGAGCUGAGGCUGCAGCUGGAACAGGCCAACAAGACGUGUCGCAUCCUGCAGUACCGCCUCCGCAAGGCCGAGCGCCGCAGCAUCAGGGUGGCUCAGACGGGACAGGUGGACGGGGAGCUGGUCAGGACCCUGGGGCACGACAUCAAGGUUGCAAAAAGCGUGUCCCUCCGUCUAUACAAUGAGCUGGAAGCGGUGCAGAAGAAGAAUUCCCAUUUGGAGUGGGAAAAUGAGGUGUUACGUGAGAGAACACAGGAGUUGGAAGUGGCGAGACAAGUUCUACAGGCUGAGGCGGAGAAAGCAAGAGAGAGCUCUGUGAAGAAGAAAAGCAUCAGAUCAACACCCAGUAAAGCUGAGAAGAGGCUCUCUCAACAGAUUGAGGACGACAGCGCCGAUCUCAAGUGCCAGCUCCACUUUGCCAAAGAAGAAUUAGCUCUCAUGUGCAAGAAGCUCACCAAGUUGGUAUCUGAGAGCGAGGGCAUGCGCGAAGAGCUGGCCAAAUACCACGCAGCCUAUGGUGACAUCGACGCUGCCCAAUCACCUGAAGGCAAGCAAAACUCCGCCCACACCAGAGAGGCAGAGGUCAAAGUUCACCUGAAACUGGUGGAAGAGGAGGCCACGCUGCUGAGCCGACGCAUCGUAGAACUGGAGGUGGAGAACCGAGGACUUCGCGCAGAAAUGAGUGACAUGAGGGAGAAAAUAGGAAGAGGAGGAGAAGAGGAAGAAGAGGAGAAUCGGGAGGUGAUGGAGGAAUCUCUGUCGUCUCCUACAGCAGAGAGAGACAGAGAGGAAAGUCUGAAAAUGGGACACACUUUGUACGAGCAGGGAGAUGACAUGGAAGGAGAGAACAGUAAAGGUGUAAGGGAUCAAACUUUACACACCGAGGGAAUGGUCAAUGCUUGUCAUAUCACUCGAGAAGGUCCCGUGGGUGGAGAGCGGGACCCUCUGGACCAUCAUGAGGGCGACAACAACAACAAAAAGCUCAGCAGAGACUUUAAAGGGAUGACUCCCAAAGACUGUGAGACUCUUCUGACUCUCAGAGACCACUCCUGCAUCCUGAGUUCAGCCCUGCAGCUUCUGAUGACACCGCCCAAAAACGGCCACUGUUCAUCUCCCACGUGCACCUUUACCUCCCCAGCUGAGACGGACCCGAAGAGCCAAUCACAGACCUUCACACAUGGGCCUUUCAACGAGGCUUUGGAGCUUUUUCAAUCCAUGCUGCUGGCGUUUAUCAGAAGAAUGGAAACGCUUCUGACGGGAGAAGAUUUAGGCACAUUUGCUCUUCACAAAGACGUCUGGGACUCCUGCGCUUUCUCAUUUCUGUCUGGAGAAGGUGCAGAUAUUAUCAAAAAGUCACCGAGUAAACAGGAGUGUGUUGAAGACCUGCGCACCGCGGAGGUUAAGGAGAGAGCACGACAAACAAAACAAGCAGCUUUUGCACAGUCGGACCUCAUCCACAGCUGCCGGGAUCCCAAGAUGCAGCUGUCUCUGCAGAUUCUCUGGAUGCUUCAUCAUUGGUGUCAAGAUAAAGGACACGACCUGCAGGGAAAAGAGGAUGGAGGUAAAACUGUGUCUGUGCUGCGAGGGCUGUUGCAGGACCUGGGUGCACAGCUACAGGAUGAGCAGAUUGGAUUCGACAGUGACUCCAAAGCCAUGCGAGGCAAAGCAGCCAAGUUUGCUGUUAAUGGCAUCUUUACUGAUGAACAACCCUGUGAUGCUGACAGAAAGUGCAGCUCAAACGGGAGACGACUCAGGCGGCCGUUUUCUCCACAUGACCCAAAGAAGAAGAACUGGUGCUACGUGAGCCAGGAGGCCGCCCAGUUGGACCGAGAAGACCCCAUUAAGACGUGGGACCAUCUAAUCAUGCCGCUGAGCUUCCCUGAUCUAGACUUGGAUCAGAUGUUAAUGGAGAGGAGCCACACUGCCCCGGAGAAAACGGCGGUUCGGAUCUACUACAGCCCCCCGUCAGGUCGCAGAAUCCAGCUGGCACAGCAGAAGCAAAGCCCUGUUUCAGACGGAGAAUCCAUCAACACGUCGUCUCCCUGGUGCACGCCGCCGACCUCCUUUUCCCCGCUCUGCCUGGGCUCAUCUGUGAACCUGAGUGACGACAUGAAGGAGAUAACGGCCAGCUGGAGGCAGGCGAGGAGUGGGGGAUUACAGGGGAGGUGGGUGGACGUGGCCUGCUCAGGUACUCAGACCCACACGAAGCCACAGAUGGUCAGCGUCGGUCUGCAGACAGAUGGGCAGGUCAGCGUCAGAAACAGCCCAUCCCGUGUCCUGAGCUCGUCUUUGAUCUCUGCCCGGACUCACCACAUCUCCUCCUCUCUGGAGGGAGUGACAGGUCGAGCAGAGAGGUCCAGACCCUCCUCCACCUCCCCAAAACUGUACCGGCGACACUCAGCCUCAGGUGCAUCUUCUCUCCCAUCGUCCUCUGGUUUAAGUUCAUCCUCCUCUUCAUCCACUUCUAGAGACAGAGCUCUGUGGAACCUGUCCCACCAGAGCCACAGCGGUCUGGCGUGGACACGGCAGACGAGUCACAGAGUAGCAUCGGGGCAGAACCAAAGCCCAGUUCGCUCUGAGCUUCCAGACCAGAUCAACAAGACCCCUGGAAAACCUGCCGGCUCCAACCGCUGUGGGCUGGUCACCGAGUUUCUGCGCAGGGUGAGCGGUCGAGCAGAGAAACCGACGCUGAGGCCGGGUCAGAAAGCAAAGACUGGGAUGAAAACUCUGGAGCGGGUCCCGACCAGGCCUCCUGCUGCCCCCGUGCACAGGAACGACAGCGUGACCCGGAUUGUCAAUCAGAGGUUCAUGAAGCAGAGAGAGGAGAGGACGACUGGCCUGAACCAGGGAGUCAGACCCAGUCCCGGAACAGCUGAGGACGGAAACUACGAGUGCAGCCCCGGUAGCACGUUGACCUUCUGCUUCGCCCGUUCGUCUCGUUCCAGUCAGCGGCAGACGUCGUAUCAGAGCAAACUGCAGCGACACAGAUACACUCCUCCAGGGAGCGCGGCUGCAGACUCCAGCUGAGCAAGGAUCAACCGUAAUCUACAAACAUAAACCCUGCUUUACUGGGAAAAUCAGUAGUUGUGGACUGUAGUGUGAGUGGGACGUUUAGGAGGGAUUCAGCUUUUGGUGCAAUUUAAACACUUUACUUGUUUUGUUUGUAAUAAUUAAAAUCCAGAAUGUUACAAAUGUCAUUUUCAAACUGUAUGUGAAAGAUUCUCUGCACUUACAUUAUGAACACAAAUACAUUUUAUAUUAUCUCUUAUAGAAUUUUGUAGACAAUAACCUCAUGUUUUAAUGAAUAAAUGUGUAAUUGUCGGAACAGG